UUCGCAGUCUCCGCUCAGGCCGGAUUCCGAGAUCCCAUUCAACGCCGAGAAGAAGAGGAGAAGGCGGUUGACGGCGGCGGCCGAUCUCGUUCUCCUUCUCCCAAUUGGCUCAAAGAGUAUUCUUUCAUGCUACAUGGUAAAGAUAGUAUGGAGAAUGGAGCUAUGGUACUGGAUUUGCAGGCACAGGGAGAAGAGAUUUCCUGGAAGCAGGACUUGGAGAUUUUCCAAUCUCAAGUUGAUUCACUGCGGGACAAAUUAUUGGAAUUAAAAGUCGGCAUUCAACGCUCAGAAAAUGUUGCAAAGAGUGAGCUGGAUCUUCUUUGGUGUAAAGUUGCAACUAUUUCAGCAUUGCUCACUUCUCUUAAAUCUAAGGCAAGAAAUAUGGUAGUUAUGCAUUUAUCCCAGUGUUCAUGUGUGGCAAAGCAUGAAGAUGGAAGAAAGCUCAGCAAUGUGGAUGUCGCUCUAUGUGAUUGUUCUAAGGAUGUGAACCCUUCUUAUGAAAUUCUAGCAAAAGAAACUUCAUUAACUAGUAAUUUUAAUCUUGGAUCACUUGAAGCUAAUGAUCGAACCUAUACUGGGGAAGUAUUAAGGUCAGUAGGCAUGGUGACAGAUAUUAUGGAAUCACUUGUUAAAAGGGUCAUCAUUGCAGAAACUGAAGUUGUUUAUGAAAAAGAGAAGGUAAAUUUAGGAUUGACAGAACUAAGAAGGAAGGGCCUCCAAAUUGACAGAAUGUCAACAAAGGUUAAAGAGAUGGAAAACCUUGCAGCUAGUACAAAUGAUAAACUUAAUGAGAUGAGGCAAAGGGUUGAACAUCUCAUGCAGGAAACAUCGAGACAGAAGCAGCACGCUGUAGAAAAUGAGCAAGAGCUUUCUCGUGUAAAGCAAGAAUUUGAAAUGCUGAGGUCAUUUGUUAACAAUCUCAUACGUUCCAGAGAGGAAGCAUUAUCAUCAGAUAGUCAUGUACAAACGAGGGAUGUUUUUGAUAGGCUUGUGGAAAAGAAUUCUCGCCUUGAAAAUGAAACGGUGCGGAAAGAGGCUGAAGUUCAGAAUCUCAUGGAUGAGAAUGUUAGGUUAAGGAAUCUCCUAGACAAAAAGGAGGCCCAAUUGCUGGCCAUGAAUGAGCAGUGCAAGUUUAUGGCCUUGAAUAAGGGUGGAAUUUAGUUAAUAUCUUAUUGCUUCAAUUUGUCACACUGGUUAGGAGCCUAUACUUUUUUUUUUUUGUUGCUUUAAUUUAUAUAAACGGGUGAUUCUUGUAAAAUUCAUUAUAAAUUAAUCAAUCAAUGUUUGCCCAUCAACAUUCA